AAAACCUUAUGAAGGGACUCUGAGAGUGAAGGGAGAGGUGGAAAACAUGGCUUCUUCCUCAACCUGUGGCUGCACCCAAUGGCUUCUCCGCUCACCACCAGCGCCAUCUUCAUCUUCUUCACCAUCCUCUCUUCCAAAUCUCCCCAUUCUAUCUCCCAUCCGCGGCAGAUUACCAUAUCCUCUUUCCUCAUCCAGUCGUCUACUCUCAACAAUGGCCGCACCCAGAAACAAUUCUAACCCAAUCACCAGCAAAAAAGAAGAAGAGAACCAACAGAAUGAUGAUGGUGAAGAGGAAGAAGUGGAGCUGCCCUGGAUUGAGGAGAAGGCUCUGGACCUUGUGGAGUUCUCUGGGUCUGUGGCACAGGCCAUUCCUGGCCCGAGAGUGGGUCGCAGCUCCUUCCCAUGGAUUCUCGCUAUUCCCCUGGCCUAUGCUGGUAUCACCUUCGUUAUCGCUUUUGUCAGAACUGUUCAAAAAUUCAACUCCCCAAAGCAGAAACGCCGCAAAUUGGUUAAUAAAAAUGCCAUGCUAUGCAAAUCAAUAGAUGAGGUAUUUCUGAAUGGAAGAGAUGAAGAACUGCAAUCAGCUCUUAACGGACUUAUGCAAAAGACAGGUUUCUCCAGGGAGGAAAUUUUCCGCAAGUAUAUUCGAUAUGCAUUGAAUGAAAAACCUUUCAACCCUGAAAUGGUUGCAACCUUAAUCCAGUUUAGGAAAGCUUCAUUGUUGGAUGACUCCCAGGUUGCUGAAAUUCUAAAUGAAAUCUCAAGACGUAUUGUGCGAGACAAAGGUCCUGUUGUCAUGGAUAUGUCGGGGUAUUCUGAAAAAGGUUUCAAGAGAAAACUUGCUGUCCAGGCCCUGUUUGGCAAGGUUUUUUAUCUAUCUGAGCUUCCAGAGUUCUGUUCAAGGGACAGCUCCUUAGUCAUCAAGGAAAUAUUUGGCGUUACAGAUGAAGAUGCAGAGAAGAUUCGUAUGCACACUCUUUCUGAGGCCGGGGCUGUGGACUCACUCGAGAAAAUGAUGGACACUUCAGAUACUGAAGAUUCAAGCGUGGACGAUUCCAAUACUCCUAGCCCAAACGCAUAAAGUCAGAUGGUAUUUAGGUGCUGAUACUUGUUUCCCAAUCUUACAGUUUCUUCGGCUUCGUUACUUCAGAUUGAUUUCUGUCAGAGUAAGCAUGGAGAUUGCAAUGCAUUACAUAAAUUUUUCGGUUUUCAAGUAAAAUGUAGUAUCAGUUAAGUGGCAGGAAAUAACAAGAGAAGCAUGAUGAUGCAUUUAGGCGACAAGCAGUGAAGAGGUUAAGUUGAUUGAGCUUUUGUUUUGCAGCAGAGGACAGAGUUUUGAGUUUUGUUUGGCAUGAGUGGAUUGCUUAUGUAGAAUGUGAAUGUUAUUUCAGAAAUUACAUCACUUUGAAGGCGUACUUGUUAUUUCAGAAAUUCACCAGAAAUGGUAGAAUGGAGGAGUCAAUUUUGUUUUGUUGUUUA